AGGUCUUUCCGCUGCGAACCUCUUCUUACGGGUGCUGAGUGACGUGCAGGCGAUGUUCAAUAUCUACUUUGCCAACCAUCCUGACUGGGAUCAAAGCUGCGAGUCCCUGCCUGCUCGCUUCAACUUGCUCUUUGAGAGUGAAAAGGUGAGGCCAACCUCCAAUUGGAGAGAUUCGAGGCUGCUGAGAUUCAAGAAGAAGAGCGAGAAGAUGAAGAUCACACACCGCGCCAAAGACAAAGUGAGCCAGCGUGGGGAAGAACUUUCCAAGGACGAUUUGGCCAUGAUUGAAGAUUGGCAUUGGGUCAGCAAGCCGCGUUGGUAUGUACCGAUGAAGUGGGUCGGCAAGCCGCGUUGGUAUUUCAGCUCCGACACGCGUGCGGACUUUUUUACCCAAACACCUCCAGUGCACGGCAAGGAUGGCUGGGCCACGGCGGAUGUUUCGGACUUGGAUGCAGUCAUGUGGCCUCAUGUCUGGUGUGAGUUGGUGGAGCAGGAGUGGAACAGCAUGUCUACUGAGCUGCCACAGGAAGAAGGCGGA